AUCGACUCAAUCAUGGUUCGGUCCUACAUCUUCGUCUCUCUGCUCUCCCUGGCAUUGGCAGCACCGCCCAAACCUCGUCAUGAGCCCGCCGUGGUCCACCGUCGACAAGAAGGCAACAGUGAAUCGCCUCCCGACUUUGCUCUACUGUCUCCUGUCACUGCACUUCCUCCCGGUCCAAGCGGCGCAUCGGGCUCUCUCCGAGGACCAACCAGCCUGAUUGGGUACAACGCCAACAACCCGGUGAACACUCAGCUUCCCGCCACCAUUCCAGCCGAUGAAGUCAAGCUCGUCACCAAUCAAGAAGCCGACGCAGAUCUAGGUCUUUACCUUGACCUCACGGAAGUCGACGUCCCUCAGCCGAUCCGCGGCGGAGAUAGCAAGCAACCGACUGAUCCUGGGCCACGUAAUAUCGAGGUUGAAAAGCAGAAUCCCGAUCUCUACGCUCCUCCUGGCACUGACGCAGGCGACGUACCUAAUGCGAAAUGGCCACUUGCACUUUCGCACAAUCGUCACGGCCUGAACGCUUCCGGCUGGGCUCGUCAGCAGAACGUCGGCCAGCUCCCGAUCGCCACGCAGAUGGCCGGCGUGGACAUGCAUCUCGAACCGAAUGCGUAUCGUGAACUACACUGGCAUCAAAAUGAUGAGUGGUCAUAUAUUCUCAAUGGAUCUGUCAGAGUGUCGGCUGUGAACGAAGCGGGCGAGACGUUUACAGAUGACCUACAGGCUGGAGAUGUAUGGUUCUUUCCAGCCGGUGUGCCGCACAAUAUUCAAGCCUUUGGCGAUGGCGUGGAGUUUCUCCUUAUCUUUGACAGCGGAAGUUUCAGCGAGGAUGGUACUUUCCUCGUCUCGGAGCUCUUCUUACGGAAUCCAAAGUCUGUCUUGGCCAAAGACCUUCGAGUGGAUACAUCGGCGUUGAACAACAUUCCCAAAGAUCAGCUCUACAUAUUCCCGGGUACUCCAGCACCUGUUAAUAUUGAAGACCAGGAUAUAGUUGGACCUGCUGGUAAGAUUCCGCAGGAGAGGACGUAUUCGUACCAUUUCAGUCAGCAGCAGCCGUACGAGGUGCCGGGUGGACAAGUCAAGAUUCUGGACACUUUGUCCUUUCCGAUCGCAAAAGACUUCGCCGUAGGACUGUUCACGGUCAAGCCCGGAGCCAUGCGAGAAUUGCAUUGGCACACAACGUCCGACGAAUGGUCCUAUUUCCUCCACGGCCAAGGUCGACUUACAGUCUACUCCGCGCCCUCCAGCUCGCGGACCUUUGACUUUCAAGCCGGCGACACAGGCUAUGUGCCCGUCACAGCGGCGCACUACAUCGAGAAUACGGGCACGACCGAUCUGAUAUACUUGGAAGUCUUGCAGGCGCCGGUGUACAAUGACAUCUCGGUAGCGCAAUGGUUGGGUCUGACGCCGAAGCAAGUGGUCAAGGAUCAUUUGGGUUUCAGCGAGGAUACCUUAAACCGAUUGCCGAAGAUCAAGCCGUUUAUUGUGCCUGGGAAUACGAAUCUGUCGACGACGGACUUUCGAGCGGAGGCGGAGUAA